AAGUUACGAAUAAUUUUGAUGUUUACUUAUGUUUAUUUAUUUUUAUGUUUUUCCUAUUAAUGAAUAAAUACGGUAAGUCAGUUGUCUACCGUAUCGGUCGCCUGUGUUUCAUCACGCAGUACGAGUAUGAGAUUUUUGCUUACAUCUGCCGGAAAGCUCAUGACUCGUUUGAAUAAUGGCAUUUGCUGUAAAAAGUUUACCGAGUUUAAAUAAAGUAUACAAUGGAAGUUGUCGUGCAGCCUACUCAAUAUUCCGACAAUCCGUCGCAAGAACUUCUCUCGUUCAAACUGCCCAAAAAUAUUGUUAUAGCACCGAAGCCCCAAAUCGUCCUAAAAUAACAGAAAGUUUAACGAAUAUACAAUCGUUAGAAAGAACAGCACAAUCGUUAGCACAAGAAAUGUUAGAGAAAAAAAGGCUAGAAGAAGAACAACAAGAGGAGGAAGAACAGAAAAAGCAUCGUGAGCAAACAAAAAAGUUCAUGAAAUAUAGUUUUAUUGUUUUUAGUACAAUGACGGGUUUGGGUUUGAGCUAUAUAAUUUAUGAACUUGGGAAACCGACCUUUGAUGAACAUGGAAAUAUAAUAGAAGAUGAAUUUUCUAAUUUACCAUACUAUGAAAAGAUUUAUAAAAGACUUAGAAGAGAAUUAAACUAUUAUACAAAGCUUAUACAAGAACCUAGUAGGCCGAAAUUACUUCCCGAUCCAUUUAAAUAUCCUUAUAUCCAACCCCCAUACACAUUGGUACUAGAAGUUAAAGAUCUUCUUCUAUGUCCAGAUUGGACUUAUGAAACAGGUUGGAGAUUUAAAAAGAGACCAUAUGUAGAUGAAUUCUUAGAAGCUGUUGCACCUCCACAAUUUGAAAUUGUAAUCUAUACAGCUGAACAAGGAAUGAAUUUGUUUCCCAUUUUGGAUGCCUUAGAUCCUAAUGGCUAUAUAAUGUAUAGGUUGUUCAGAGAUGCAACACGUUUUACAGAUGGUCAUCAUGUUAAAGAUCUGGCUGCACUUAAUCGUGAUCUCAGUAAAGUUAUUGUGGUUGAUUGGGAUGAUGAAAGUAUUAAAUACUAUCCUGAAAACACAUUAAAACUUAAGAGGUGGACAGGUGAUGACAAUGAUAAAACUUUGUAUCACCUAGCAGCAUUCCUUAAAACUAUAUCAUUAACAAACGUGGAAGAUGUCCGGGAAGUUCUGAAUUAUUAUAGGGAAUUUGAUGAUCCAUUAAAAGCAUUCAGAGAAAAUCAACGUAAAUUACUGGAACAAUUGGAAGAAGAAAAUAAGACACAAAAGGAAAGUGGCAAACAUCUUACCUCAAGAUGGACCCCUUCUUUUCUACGAAAUCGCUAGUCAUUUUAAAUUACGUUCUAAUAUAAGAUACUUUCCAAACAACUAAAUACGAGAUUACAUUCAUUGUAUCAUUUCGUUUAAACUGAUCUUACCAAUAGUAAAUGUACAAUUUUUAUUAUAAAAUGAAUAAACAGUCAGUACCCUUUA